CCGGGUCCGACGGCUAACAGGGUCCCCCGCCCACUCGGAGCAACACUUCCGGUUGGCUCAGCGGAAACGUUCCGUGCCGCUCUCAUCUGACAAAACGUUUCUUUCUGCGUUUUCAAGUCUCCUCGUUUUUUAUAUUUUAAUUCCUCGAUGGAACUCGGCUUCGUUGACUCUCACUGUCACAUCUCGGCUCGUGAGUUUGAGCAGGAUCUGGAGGAUGUGAUGCAGAGAAGCAGACAGCUAUCCAGAUGUGGUGGCUCCAUGUUUCGGGGUCCAUCCUCUGCAGGGCGGCGAGGGGCCCGAGCAGCGCAGCGCCAGGCCUCAGGUGGCAAAACAGACGGAUUUCACUCUGUUGAUUCUGACUUGACGAGGAGCGUAACUGUUCCCACUCUUCUCAGUGGUAUCAGAGGGAGGGGGGGGUCCUCUGCAGGGGAACAAAGGCCCCUAACUAAAAUACACAACUCCGGCUGUGAUGACCUGGAUGCUGCUCUGCCGCUGCUCUACGAACACAGAGAACGCCUUGUUGCUGUAGGAGAGAUCGGUUUAGACUUCACACCGUGGCGAGCUCCCACUCAGCAGGGCCGAGACGACCAGAUGAGCGUGUUCGUUAAACAGCUCGACGUCGCCAAGGAGCUGGACCUUCCUGUGAACGUCCACUCCCGAUCAGCUGCUAGGGUCACCAUCGAGACCAUGAGACAACAGGGCAUCAGUCGCGCUCUGCUGCAUAACUUUGCAGGGAAGCCGUCGGUGGCUCUGGAAGGUGUGAAGGCCGGAUACCUCUUCUCCUUCCCACCUGCUGUCUGCAGAAACCAGCAGAGAGACAAACUGAUCAGAGCGAUCCCCCUGGAGCACAUCUGUCUGGAAACCGACUCUCCUGCCCUGGGGCUCGACAAGCACGGGAGGAACGAGCCCGGUAACAUCGUCCUGUGCUGCCGGUACAUCGCCCACGUCAAAGGUCUGUCCGCUCAAACCGUUCAGCUCGUCACGGCACAGAAUGCGUACAGACUGUUCCCCGGGGCUGACACGCAACAACGCUCACACAAACACACACACAAACACACACACAGUUCUGAAAUCUACAGUUUGGCCUGAGGAGGGGGAGGAGUUGUAUGAUGAGGAGUUAUGCAAAAGACGCGGCGUGUUUUGACUCUGGAUGAAACAAGGAAACAUUAUAAUCAAGAAGGUUUAAUCUGUGGAGACAUUUCAACUGACACUCAGUGAAGUUUCACAGGGAACAUGAAGAGAUGAUAUUCAAACACAGACACAAAGGAAUCUGACCAGUGAAAUGUUUUCCUCAGACUCGUUUCUUCUUCUUGAACAGUUGCUCACUGGAUAUUGAGACAACUGCAUGUUUGGACAGUAUUUGUUGUCCCAGGGUCCUGAAGCAGUUUUACACCAGGUGUGAUUUAUCUGGAAGAGGAGAAAAGCACAACAAUGAUUCAUAGAGUCGUGAUGAAGCAUCUGGAUCCAUAUGAUGAGAAAGAAUCAAAUAGUUUUCAUAGUUCCAUCUUUCUGCUGCGUGAGUUGUUUAAAAACAAGUUGCUGUGUUCAAGGUCGCACAGAUAUCUGAGGACUGAACUCAGCUCUUAUAAAACAAUGCUUGCUGUUGUGUUGUGUUGUUGUUGCACAUACUCUGUUCAUAAUGGUUGUGUUGAAGUUAAAAUAAAAACGUUCUUGAGCUGACUAAA